AUGGGAAAUAGUUUAUGCCAUUUUGAUCACGAUCCUGAAACUUAAUAGUCUAUAAAUAUCGCAAAAAAUUAUUUUAAAGAAAUAGAUAGCAAUUUAGUUAGAGAUGCUACAGGAAAGAUUCAUAAAAUUAAAGAGAGUCAUAUUUAUAAAUAAAAAUUGGUAGAGCUCAUCAAAAGUAAAAAUGAGAAGAAUUAAUAAGCUAGAGAGAGAAAGUAGGAGACCUAUUUGAUUCCAUUCCUUGAGAUAGCUUACACAACUAACUAACUCAAAUACGAAUACCUUGUUCUUAACAUGAAAAGUGCUUAAAAAAAAAUGGAUGAAAUCAUUAAAUAGAGAGAAAUGAAGCUAAAAAAUGUGGAGGAUAUUGACAUAAGAAUGAAAGAAUAGCAAGAAUUAGAUGAUAUGUUAAAUAAAAUGGCUUUGAAUGAAUAUUUUCAAGUGAUUGCUAAGAAGAAAAAGAAGUAAGAUUCUUCUGUAUUAUAGAGCUAAUGCAACAAUUUAGGAUACAGCUAAAAUAUAACAAAUUAAAAUAACUAACAAAGAAAUGAUGACUAAAACUCUCAAAAUCCUUUAGAAAAAUAGCUUUUAAACAAUAAUAUUGAGAAUUUAUUUCACUCAAGAAGUAGCGAAUUACCAAAAGCUCAGGCAAAUUAAUAAAUUAAUUUGUAAAAAUCAAUAAGUGCUGACAAUUAAAAUUGGAUUACGAACUCAUAUUACCGUACAUCUUAUGAAAGACCAACUUUUGGAAAGAGUUCUCACUACUGUUAAAGUUAAAUUUAAAACGAUAGAAUACAAUACAGUAUCUUGGAUAUCAAUCAAGAAUAUUAGUCUGGCUUAAUUGCUUCUCAUUAAUAUUUGCUUAAUUACUUGUAUGAAAAAGUUUCUAAAGAUGAACACAUUGUAAAGAGUCUUAUUGACAAGUUUGGAGAGUUGAUUUCAGAGAAAUUUUCUCCAAUUUUCAAUUAAUACGAAAAUUUGGACAUUUUUGAAUGUAAUUUAACAAACUCUUCAGUCGAUUGCUAUGAAAAAAUCUCAGAAAUAGUUAAGGAAGAUAUCAUUUUUUUAAUUGAGUUCAUUAAAGAAUAUCUAAAUUAAAUUUAUGGUGAAAAAGUUAUUCCACAAAAUAAAAUGAAUUAAACACAAAAAGACAAUAUUUUUGAUUUAUUUGUGAGAAAAGUUGUGUUUGAUAAUGAGAAAAUAUGCGAAAUUGCAUUUAAAGCUAUUGAUAUUUCUUCAAUAUCACAAAACAACUAGUUUAGAUCUUUCAAGAGAGAAGCAAGUCAAUUGCUAAAUAUUUAAAAUGCUUUUAAACAAGACAAGGACCUAUGUUUUUUAUCAGAAUGUCCUUAAAAUCCAUUCAUUUAGUUUGAAAAAGAGCUAGAAAGCAUCAAGCAUUUGAGUUCUCCUUAUUUAAAAAUGGUUUAAAUUGAAAAUUUCAGGACAAAUAUAAAGCUUAGAGCUAAUACUUUAUACAAAGAGCUUGUUAAUAGUUAAAAAAGUAUUUAAUAUAGUGUAGAUUAAAUGCUACUUAUUGAAACAUUCAUAUUUCUUACUACUGAAGUUGAGCUAUUCAAUGAUCUCAAAUUUAUUUAGACAUAUGCUAAAUAAAAUAAGCUAGGAAAUGGACAUGCAGAUAUUUGGUUUGAUAUUCAUGAAUAGAUUUUAUAGCAAGAUAAUGUUAAGUCUUAUUUAGAUUUUAUAUUUUUUAGCUAAAAUAAAAAUUCUCUCAUUCAAUAAUAACAAUAACCAUAAGCAAUAAAAGAAGAAAGUGAAAGUAUGUCUGAAUACUCAAGACUUUCUAAUUAAGAGAUAGGGCAAUUUUAAUUUAAUAAUAAUAAUAACAACAACAACUAAAAAAAUCAGAACUAAGUACCUAUUAAUUAUACUCACUCAGCAAGUAGUCAUACAAUUACAGAGUACAGUCUGGAGCUAGCUAAAGACGAUUUGAAUAAUUAAAUAUUCUCUUAAUCUGAUAUUAUAACAACUAUGGGCAAGAAAUCAGAAUAAUAAAGCCUUAAAGAUAAUAAUAGCACUUCUAAGCAAAGCUUUGUAUUUAACAAGUAAGGCUAAUAAAAUAAUAGUAGAGCUUAGUAACUAAAGUCAACAUUUGGAGAAGAAAAUCAACAAAUGAUUUCUACUGCUGUCCAUGGAUCUAUUUUAUACGAGGCAGAAAUGGUAAUAGAAGAUGAAAAUGAGGACUUAGAUAGACAUCAAAAGUGA